AUGGCUUCUGCUGCGCAGCUGCCGGCUUGCUUGUCGAAGCUUCCUUCCCCUCAGUUGGAGGCCGUCAAGCAGGCGUUGUUGGAGCUGCUCGGAUGUGGGCUGAGUGAAGUGACGGACGUUGAGGAACUUGCCAAGCGUGUGAAGGCCAAGCUACAUGCUGCCGACAGCCGGCAGGCUCUUGCCGAGGACCAUCCGUCGGAGUAUGCCUCCAUGUGCCGCUGGGCCUGGACGCCCAGGCGCUGGCACGAGAGCCGAGCAGCCGCAGGUGCGCCGGCUGGUGCUCCAAGCGCCGAUCUAGGGGAGGCGCGGGACCUGCUGCCACCCAUCCUACGAAGAACCCAGUUGGCCUUCGACAAGCUGCUGGCGAGCUGCCAGCAACGUGUGGAGGCUUUGCAGCAAGAGCCGGACAAGGCCGCGGCCCUGCACCGCGCAGAGGCGAAGCUUGCCGGCUUGGGCAGGUGGUUUCCGGUCAUGAAGGCCGCAGACGACGAGAUUCGCACUCUGGCCACUGCGGCUGCCGGCGUGAAGACCUCUUCUGGAGAUGGGCUCGGUGUGCUCUUCGAGCCAGCACCGGCGAUGGAGGUGUGCAGCGGCAAUGCUGCAGCGCGACUGCCGAAGAUUCCGAUCGGGACCGGCAGGAAAGUCGAGGUGCCCUCGGCUCCCCCGAGAUCAAACCCUUCACCGUCCCUGAUAACCCUGCAUCUGGGCAAGGGAGGAGGUGAAACCGGUGCUGCAGCCUGGGAAACGUUCAUGGCGGAGCACCGCUUGGACAAAGAGGGCCGGCCUUUGCAUGGCGAAGUUUACGGCUGCAGCAACUUUCUCUUCGCGGAGGGCUGCACCGGGAAGUACGUACCCCGGACCGUCUUUGCUGGCUACGAGGUGAGCUCGGCUGCUGAGGCAGCUUCCUUCGCACCCACCUCCAUCUUCAGGGGCGUGGAUCCGCAACCUGGAGACUGGUACCAUGGCAACGGCGACAGCAAGCUCGCCGACCAGGUCCUGGAGGGCAUCCGCCGGCAGCUGGAGCUUUGUGACUUCUGCGAUGGAAUGCUGGUGACGCAUGACGCCGGCGAAAACAUUUGCGAGAACGGCUUUGCAGCGAGAGUUCUCCAGACCCUUGCCUUGAACGACUUGAAGAAGAAGGUGAAGAUGGCCUUCACUUGCGUGCCGGAUCCGACCGGCUUCGAUGCUGCUUGUGACUACGAGUCCUACGCCACAGCCUCCCUGCUGGGCCUAACCCUCGUUGAUAGCUUGGAUCUCGUGGUCUUCUACGACGCCAAUGGGCUUCGUCAACGGGCCCGAGCGAAGUGGAAUGGCUUGGGAUUGCAGAACCCUGACGACACCGCUUGCCGAGGUCUGGUUUCCCGGCUUCUGAGCAACGUGACGGGCCCCCAGCGCUUUGGCGGCCUCGUCCCGUCGGCCCACGGUUCGAGGCUUGCCGGCAUCGCGAGCGUGGCGACGAAUCUGGCCCCGUUUCCGGUCAUCAAAUUUCUGCUGCCAGCGCUUGGGGGUCUGUCACCCGGAGAAGACCUCCUGCCAGCCACAGGACAGCCUCGGAGCUAUGCCGCUGCGAGCUGCGCACUUCGCUCGGGAGCUUUGUGCACCGCCCAAAGACGUCCAUCGCAGAGCACCGUUCUGACUCGUGGCCUUUUCUGCCGCGGCAUGGGGUCCCCUCUGACGGCGACCUCAGCAAUCAAGGAGUUCUUGGUUGAACCAGAUGUCCGAACAACCUCCUGGUGUGCUGCUGGCUUUCUGGUGUCCAACUUUCAGGACCCGGCGUCGGCAAACAAUCCCGAAGUUGCUUUGCUGCAAAACACGAGCGACGGCGCCAAAGUGUUCGAAAGCUUCUACUCGGGCCUUUCUCGCGUACCUGAGACCUUUGCUGGCUUCCUUCGAGGAGAUGGCGAUGUCAACGAAGCCAUGAACUUGCUCAGGGAGGUUGAGGGUGAGUACAAACAGAUCCUGACACCAGUUUGUGAGGACGGUGGCAACGAAGGCGAGGACGAGGAGGAGGGGGAGGAGGAGGAAGAAGAGGAGUGUUUCACAAUCGCCAUCUCGCCGGCUUUGUCCCUGUGGGGGAUCGGAGUUGGCAUGAAAGGCUGGGUGCGGCAUAGGGCCGCAAAGAUCGCUUUGGCCACCGUGGUGGCGAUGCAGAAGUCGGAUGUCGGGGAGGAGGUCCCCGACUUCUCUUCAGCCCCAGCCGUCGCCGACUUCUUUGAGGAGGCGAGACAAGCCAAAGACACCAUGCUGUAUUCGUGA